UCGUUGUUGGUGUCUUGCUGAGGUACUUUUAAUGGUAAUUCCUGCUCUGAGUUUGGAAAGAGUCCUAGGGUUCAUCAUGAUAUCAAGACAUAUUAUCUCAUGUUGGAAGACCAGCAUGUCAGUUUCUCUUCCUUCUGCAAGUUUUAGAACAGCUUCUCAGCAAACACUACAAUGUACUUGGAUGGUCAAACAUGAACAUAAAAAUAUUUUCUCUUUUAACUGUGAGCGGUGCAUGUCCAAUGAUUAUUCCAAGAGAUCCAAAAAAGAAGGAAAUGGUCAACAAAAUGUUUCGGGAUUUCAAGUGAAUGAGGUAGAGUUCAGUCAUACCCGAGCUCGGGAAGUUUCAAAUGCAGUGGCUGAGUCAUUAACUAGUGGACAUGAAUCUGAAGCAAAAAUGCAUGAUAUGCAACAUGGCACUAACAGCUUUUCCAAAGACCAUGAAAACUGGGAUGAAGUGGUAAAAUGUGCAGAGAAUCUUGGAGAUAAAGAACAUCUAGAAGCUUAUGAGCAUUCUGGAUCUGUUAGUUUAAAUUCUGUGAUGCAGUCUACUGUACCUCAACCAUUUGCAUCAUCAUCCAAGUCCCCAAGUCAUAUCAACAUGCCUGGAGGAACACGGAGUCGAGAACAGAAGUACUUAUCAGGAGAAAGACAGUCCACACACCAAUCUGAGCAAAAUUUUAACCAGAUUAGGAAGGAAAGUAAUAGUUCGCAUACAAAAUACCAACAACGGUCACAGUCUGAAGCAAACACAGUUGAUAAAGACAAACAAGAUGUGAGUGAGGGGAAAACUACAAGUCAGAAAGAGAGACUAAAGCAAGCAGUGAGGGACUAUGGCAGUACCGUAGUUGUGUUCCAUGUGGCCAUUUCUUUGGUAUCAUUAGGAGGGUUUUAUACCUUGGUGAAGAGUGGAGUAGACGUUGGAGCGUUCCUGUUGAAAAUUGGACUGUCAGAAGACCUUGUUCACAGUAAACUAACCAUUGGUAGCGGUACGUUUGUGGUAGCCUAUGCUGUUCACAAGGUGUUUGCUCCUGCUCGGAUAGCGGUCACUCUCUCAGCAACACCAUUUAUUGUUAGGUAUUUGAGAAAGAUUGGGUUUCUAAAACCACCCAAACCAAAAGUUACAUAGAUUUUUGAACUUCAAAUUAUAUUUACAAGACUUUAUAUCUAUAAUUUGGAUACCAAAGUUAAAGUUUCUCAUUUCCUAGUAUCUAUAUACUUCUCAAAUUGGUUAAUAACGCAUAGGGAAAUGUAGCAUUGUAUAAACAUAGUUAUCAGAAAUAUUGGAUUCUAUUUAUUUGUUGCCAGUAUACUAACUGAAUGGUUAAGGUAAUAUCAAUAAUUUCAAACUUUGUAUAAUGGAUAAACAGCGCAAAUCAAUAAAAGAAAGAAAAAAAAAACACUUCCCUAA